UGCCCUGCUUUGGGUUUGCUCUGGCACUGGAAUACUGCACCUUGUCCUUUGGUCUGUAGGUGCUGUUACAGACUCUGAGGAGCUGCACGUCACUCAUCCUGGCUGGGGAAAAGCUGGCGGUAUUUUGCGACAAUAAUGUUGCCAGUGCAAAAAGUGAAAUAGAACAGCCCAGUCUCAGUAUGUUCCUCUACAUUCUUGCUCUCAAACAGUGACCAGUCGGUAUCCAUGAAACAGUCCUGUCACAGAGACGGCCUGUUCUGGCCAGAUUUUAACCUUUUUUGUGAGAGGUUUGGAUCCAAUUUCUAAUUACUAACAGCAGUUUUAUUGAAAAGGCAUACAAAGCACAGGAGUUACAGUUUGUAAAUAAUUAUCAUUCUUCAAUAUAAAGCUACUCUCAUCGGCUGCCUUAGUCACGACAGGUAGCAGAGCAUGUUGAUUUCAUGGUCACGUGAAUCACUACACUAUGCAGCCAUCAUUGUUUAAUAUCGUUUUUUUUUUCUUUUAGAUCAUACACAAAAUCUUAAUAGACCCUGUUCAUAGCAGACACUGAGAAGUCCUAAUAGAGGAGCUGACAGUAACGAGUGUUCUUUCCCCAGUAAAAGCUUUGUGAUGUCUUGCUGAGGGAGUGCCUGCAACUCCAGCGCUGAAGCAGCUCUUGUGUCUUCCUCUGUUACACAUAAAAGAAAAAACCCUUUUCUUUGUCUCACUCAGUAAAAUCUGGGUCAGGCUUGUGCCCGUUCAGUCUGUGGCCAAACCCGACAUGACUCCUACGUUUUCCACAGGUCACCAGUGUCUAUAAACCAGCUCCGUAAGCUUGUCCCGACCCAACAACCAUUAACGUUAUCAGUGAUGAUGUGAUGAUUCGCGCACGUGACUCGCUCUUUGUUACAGACUCCACCUCUUUCACGUGAACGCGCUUUAAGCCGAAUUAGAAAAUCCAGGGUUAACAAAGCUCGCUGAUAGACAGCUCAAUGACACCGUUUACCUUUGCCCGCUUCUGGUUUUUUCGAGGCUAACUGAUGAUGGGACUCGUGCCGUAACUAACCGUGGCAUCGAUCAAGCUCGGCUUUACUCCGUCUCGCGACCGCGGGUUACGAUUUGAUUACUAAAUCUAGCAUUGAAACAUCUCGGAUAACUGCGCGUCCCCGCUCCUCCACAAAGGGAAGAUCAGUCGCACGCAGAAACCCGGAUCGAAAUCCAUGAACGCAGACGGAGAUUUUCAGAUAAUGAGGAAACAGGAGAGGGCGCAUUUUUUCAGCUCCAAAGAGCAGGAGCUCAUUCUGAAGUUGUAUGAAGAGGAGAGAGAGAUACUAACAGCUAAAUCCAACACCACCAGUGCCUCUAAACUCAGAGAGGAAGCCUGGCAGAGAAUUGCUGAUAAAAUAAAUGCGGUCUCAGACAGUGGCUACAAAAGGACAUGGCAGCAAGUAAAAGUCAAACACAAGAACAUUGUGCAAACAGCAAAAAGGAAAAGGGUUGCAAUGAUGAGAAACGAGGGCGGCUCGGCGACCCCGUCUCUGAACUCGGGUGAGGACGACGUGCUGCAUCACAAAGACAACGGGCUGAGGGUGGAGGUUCUCCCUGGAGGCGCCUGUAUUGACCCAGCAGCUGUGUCUGACAGCUCUUUCAUGAGCGUGUCGGGCCACCCUGUCCUGCUGCUGCCCAUAACAAAGACUGAACCAGAGAGCCUCAGCAGCGACGAGACGGACAUUAGUGACACUCAGUUUGAGGGGGACGUUCACGGCAGCAGCUUGCAGGAGGGCGCUAACGCGGCUGGGGCUACAGCUGGUGGCAGAAGUGGAGAGGUGAGGUCCAUUUGUCACAGCUGUCCUGUGCUAAUGAGAAGAAACGAAUGUAACAAGAGCGCAUGUUUUGUGUAAUCUGAUUCACAGAAGCAGACAGAAAACCUCAGGUCUCUCUACUGCUCCUACCUCAAGAAGGAGAUUGAGAACCGGGACCAAGAGAUGGCUUACAGAGCACUUAAAAUGAGGAAGCUGGAGAAAGAAAUCUU